AUGGCAGGAGCCGAUAACGCAGCAAGAUCCUUAGUUGACGAAAACGAGGCGCACACGAAUGAACCGACGACUAACAAUCACAGAUCGUUCAUCACGGAGCAGAGGCAUCACGAAGUCGACGAUCCCUGCGCAACCCCUUCUUGGGCUUCCGCUUCAGCUGCAUCUCAGUCUGUGGGCUCUAGCCGCGGCACACAUCCGAGCCAUUCACUUGUCAGCGGUCUAGAAAUUGACCUUGAACACGAGGCCUCGAGUGGGCUCGAGACGCGCUCACAGGACCUGCCCGAAGCAGCCUCGACUUAUCCUCUCAGCGAAACGGUUUUCGCCAAUGUUUUCUGGGACAUGCUGCGCUCCUCUUUGGGCGAUGGCGCCAAUGAUCUCGGUAGCACAGGCCUAGAAAUGACGAAUCAGAGCGAAUCAACAGCAAUGGCCGCUCUCGAGACAUCUUCUCCCGGCAUCUGUGCGCCGCUGCUCAGCGUGCAGGAUAUAGAAAGGGCAACACCGACCUUACGCAGCUCACGGUGCGUCACGCCGUGGGAGCUGCGCGAGGUAGACGAAGCACCCAACAUGAUAUUGAGUCGGAUGCAGCGCGACAUUCACGCGCUUGUUCGACGUAUCAAACCGCCGGAAGCACCAAGCAAGGCGCUUGCCGAUGCCUGCCUUUGGCUGUGCCAGCGAUUCUUCUUUUCCCAUGCCCACUAUCCAGUGAAAAGCGAGCCACUGAGACAUUAUGCGUCACGGCCGUCGAUGCUCAUGAACCUCAUCGCCAUCGGGUCUCUAUGGAAUGCCGACGAGCGCGUUUAUGAUCAUGGGCGCCAGCUGUGGCUCUUUACCGUUCGUGCAGCCUCAUCGCGGGGCACCUGCCUCUCGCUCGACGAUGCGAGUGUGGCCGAUCUUAUGUCGCUCCUCUACGUCGGCCACUCCUAUGUGCUCUUAUCGGGCGACGCCAUGGUCCACUCGUUGGGACGACGCGCCUGGAUUUCGACGCAUAGGAUGCUCGAGGAGAGGCUCUCGGUCGUUCCUGCAGACCCUCCAUCGCUCGACGAUCUUUUGGCGAUGAGUGCAGAGAGUCUGGACGAGGCCUGGCAUAAGUGGCAGAGGGAAGAGGAGAGCAUCAGGACUACGAUCGGCCUCUGCGCAUACGACAGUCAGCAGUCCCUCAGCAUGUUCCGCACGCCUUCCCCCCUCACCGUACUCUUACAGACACGCUUACCAAUGCCGGACGAGCUCCUAGCUGCAGCGAGCGCCCAGUCUUGGCUCACCACUUAUGCGCGUUUCUUUCCCUCUUUCCAACGCCUUUGCACCCCUCCAUGCUUUGGUCCAUUGCUUUUGGAGCUGCACAGGUGUGACAACGGCCUUUUCCGUUUCGAGGAACACAUCGAAAGGAUGGCGUGGCCAGGGAUUCCACUGUCGGAACAGAUCUUAGCUACGCUCUUAGAGGCCAUUCACGUUGCGUGGAGGCUCGAAACGGACAGCAACGGAAAAACGUCCGACUUCAACUCGACAUCGAGCUUGGCCCGAUCUGAGGAUGGUCCAUCGUGUCGCACAACAGUUGCACUCCGAAGGUGGGCCAACCUUGUGAAGCGCGUCCCGAAGGCUUCCUCGGAUAAGCGCUUCUUUCUCACGGAGCGAUGGCACGGCAUCCAUCUCAACAUGAGCUUCUCCGGCUCACGGACCGUUGCACUUUUGCGGUCGCUGCCGCAGCGUGUCCGGGACAGUAGGCCGCGGUACAGAGGCGAUGCAGACUAUCCAGCGCGAACGAGCAUCGCGGCCUUUCGUCAAGAGCUUCUUCCGUCGCGCACCGUCCGACAAGCGCUGUAUCACGCAGGCUGCAUUCUUGCUCGCUUUACGCAGCUGAGCAGAAGCGCCUCGUAUCCGACUUACGUCGUCCAGGGCGCUUUUGAAAGCGCCAUGUUCGUAGUAUUGUGCUGUCUAGCGCUGCAAGGCAUGGCGCUUUCCACUUCACCGUUCGAGAUUGCGAAUCUGGGGAGCAGCAGCGAGCUCGAGGUUUUGUGCAGCAAGCAUGUAGCCGUGGGCGAGGAGCCUUGUUCGACAUGUGGAGAGCGUCAAUCAUCGACGCCUUACGGGGACCGCGCAGCAAGCUGGAUCAACGACGGUGACGUGAAACAGGCCUGCUUUCAGGGCCUUGCACUCGUCGAAAACGGUCAUUUGAUCCUGCAGCUGAUUCUUGAUCUCCUUGAUUCUUCCAAGCCAAAAUGGUGCUACGCUCUUGACUGUACCGAUCUUCUGCAGUCUUGCCAGGAGCAUAUCUAG